AUGAGGAAAACCUCCGAGGAUUGUCUCACUUUGUCUCCAGACUGGAAAGUAGAAGAUGAGGACAUCACACAGUCUAGUCCAGGAGAAAACCCGGCUCCCUCCAAUGUCCAUCCGGCACCACCCAGUGUAGAUGGACCAUCGGAUUCCUCGUAUCCUGAGGAACCUCAGACUGUGCGGGACCGGGCCGGCCUUCCAACAGGGAAGAGGUUCUCCUGUACUGAGUGCGGGAAGUACUUCAGUUUUAAAUGCCGUCUUAAUGAGCAUAAAAAAUCUCAUACAGGGGAGAAGCCGUUUUCCUGUCCUGAGUGCGGGAAAUGUUUUUCACAGAUGUCCAUUCUGUACAGACAUCAGAGAUCUCACACGGGGGAUAAGCCACUUUCCUGUCCUGAGUGCGGGAAAUGUUUUUCAGAUAAAUCCAAUCUUUACAGACACCAGAGAUCACACAUGGGGGAAAAAGUGUAUUCUUGUUCUGAGUGUGGAAAAUAUUUUGCACAAAAAUCAGCACUUCUCACACAUCAUAAGUAUCACACGGGGGAGAAGCCUUAUGUCUGUCCUGAGUGCGGGAAAUGUUUUUCACAGAAGUCCAAUCUUUACAAACAUCAGAGAUCUCACACGGGGGAGAAGCCAUUUUGCUGUUCUGAGUGUGGGAAAUGUUUUUCACAGAAGUCCAUUCUUAGUAUGCAUCAGAGAUCUCACACUGGGGAGAAGCCUUUUUCCUGUUCAGAGUGCGGGAAACAUCGCAGAUUGCACACGGGGGAAAAGCCAUAUUCCUGUUCUGAUUGCCAGAAAUGUUUUGUACACAAAUCAGAGCUUGUUGCACAUCAGAAAUCUCAUAAGGGGGAGAAGCCGUAUUCUUGUCCUGAGUGCGGGAAAAUUUUUUCAUGGAAGUCCAAUCUGUCCAGACAUCAGCGAUCUCACACAGGAGAGAAGCCAUAUUUCUGUUCUGAGUGCGGGAAAUGUUUUGUAGAAAAAUCAGAACUUGUCACACAUCAAAGAUCUCACACAGGGGAGAAGCCAUAUUCCUGUCCUGAGUGCGGGAAAUGUUUUUCACAGAAGACCAAUCUUUACACACAUCAGAGAUCUCACACAGGGGAGAAGCCAUUUUCCUGUCCUAAGUGCGGGAAAUGUUUUUCUGUGAGAUCCAAUCUUAACAGACAUCAGAGAUCUCACACAGGGGAGAAGCCACUUUCCUGUUCUGAGUGA